AUGACUUCAGGGAUCCUCUUACUCGCAUCCCGGCCAGAAUCACCUACCACGAUUACUCCAUGCUGUCGCAAGGGGUUUGGCUUCUUUGACCACACUCCAUACUUCAGUGAGAGAGAGAUGUGGUACUGGGUUUUCCUGUGGGCUCUCUUCUCUUCUCUCUUUGUCCAUGGUGCUGUGGCAGUGUUAAUGUUUGUGAUGCUGCAGAGGCAUAGGCAGGGGAGACUAAUCUCUGUCAUUGUGGUCAGCAUUGGAUUUCUGGGUUCUGUAACUGGAGCAAUGAUAACUAGUGCUGCAGUAGCUGGAAUUUACAGAGUGGCAGGGAAGAAUAUGGCUCCCUUGGAAGCGCUUGUGUUUGGAGUUGGACAGACAGUUUUGACAUUGAUUAUCUCAUUUUCAAGGAUUCUAGCUACACUCUAA